CCUCUCCUCUCACUUUCUCAUCUUAAUUCCCUUAUUGUCCAAGUUUUCAUUUCUUUCUUUUCAUCUUUCUUACUUUUUGUUUGUUUCUAAGCAAAAAAAAAAUACCCAACCAUCUCAACUUGAUCUUUUAGUUAAUACCUCUCUCUUUUCAUUUUUAAUUUGCUAAAUUCUAUAAGCCAAUUAAAUUAAGCAUAUUGUAAUUUCAACUAGUGCAACUUGCAAGCUAGCAAUUAGGACAAUGAAGGAGAGUAGAAAACAAGGUGCAAUGUCGCCAUGCGCGGCAUGCAAGCUUCUUCGAAGGAGGUGUGCGCAGGACUGCGUGUUUGCGCCUUAUUUUCCUGCUGACGAGCCUCAGAAGUUUGCUAAUGUGCACAAGGUUUUUGGAGCGAGCAAUGUCAACAAGAUGUUACAGGAAUUACCAGAGCACCAGCGCAGUGAUGCUGUGAGUUCCAUGGUGUAUGAAGCUAAUGCUAGGGUAAGAGACCCUGUUUAUGGUUGUGUAGGAGCCAUAUCAUCUCUACAGCAACAAGUUGAUAUCCUUCAAACCCAAUUGGCAAUUGCACAAGCUGAGGUGGUGCAUAUGAGAAUGCGCCAAUAUCCUUCAUCUUCUAAUAAUCCACCAGACAAUAAUGACUCACCCUCACCCAAGCUUAUGUCUUCUCAGACCAAGUCCUUUUUUUCCAUGGACAUGGUGGUAGAUCAGGCCAAUCUGGGGGAGUCUUUGUGGUCAUGCUAGCUAAUUAGCUUAUUGCCUUCACUUUUAUUAUUUUCUUAUUACUGUCGUGGGCUUGCUUUAUUGUCUGCCUCUUUAAUACCUUUUUGUCUUUUAUGUUUUUUUUUUUUUUUUCCCUCUUUGUUUAACAUAUUUCCUUGUAGAACAUCUCGAUCUUACCUAGAGAUGAUGAUGAUGAUGAUCAUUAACCAUAUUGUAAAUUUCUAAACAUGUAAUUAUGAGUAAUGAUAUAAUUAGUAUGAAGUUGCUGCCUUUUUCAG